CUCCUUUGCCAUCCAGUAGCACGGAGUCGCCUCGACGAAACGCAUCCUGUCGCAAUACCCAUCCCCUUGUCGAAAAGACCAUAAGUUCCAACUCACCCCAAAAUGACCGGCCGACGAGCAGGCAACGCCGACCACGACAACGAGCACGUCCACGGCGCAUCGACCACCACCCCCGCCGGGCACGCCUCCCGCGCUUCGAUAGCCACUUCUCGCCUCGCCUCGCUCGCCCAGCACAUUCUGCCCCUCGGAUCCAAGGUCAGCGGCAAGCACGAGUUUGACUAUGUCAUCGUCGGUGGCGGAACAGCCGGGUCCGUCCUCGCGAACCGGUUGACAGAGGACUACAAUGUCAGCGUAGCCGUUAUCGAAGGCGGGCCCUCGGACGUCGGGCUCGACCGCGUCCUGAACCUCUCACGCUGGCUCGAACUGCUCGGCAGCGAGCUCGAUUACGACUACACCACAACUGCACAGCCGCGGGGCAACUCGGACAUCCGCCACUCGCGCGCCAAGGUCCUCGGUGGCUGUAGCAGCCACAACACACUGAUCUCCUUCCGGCCGCUCAAGGAGGACCUUGACUGGUGGGCGCAGUGCCACGGCUGCCCCUCCUGGUCGGCCGACAAGCUGCAGCCGUACGGCGACCGCCUCAAGCUCAACACGGUCCCCGUCCAGGCGCAACACCGCAACCAGGUCGUGCGUGACUGGGUCAACGCGGCAGCUGAGACGUUCGACGCGCCGCUCAUCUCCGACUUUAACGCGCAAAUUGUUCACCGCGACGGGUUCACACCGUCCAAGGGCAAGGGCGCCGGCUUUUUCAGCAUCAGCUACGAUCCGUACAAUGGCGACCGCAGCAGCGCUAGCACAUCAUACCUGCACCCGAUUAUGCCGCAAGCGCCACGUGGCGCGCGCAAGAACCUGCACCUCUUUCUCGAGACUUGGGCCGAAAAGGUUGUUUUUGACGGCGCGAACAGCAAGCGCAUCCGCAGCGUGCAGGUCGUCCAAAAGGGCGGACAACGCUUCGAGAUCUCGGCGCGCCGCGACGUGAUCCUCUGCGCCGGUGCCAUCGACACACCACGCCUGCUGCUACUCUCGGGCAUCGGUUCCGCCGCCGACCUGGCCAGCGUCGGGAUCGAGUGCAAGCAUGACCUACCCGGCGUCGGGCGCAACCUGUCGGACCACCCCGAGACGAUCAUCAUGUGGGAGACGCGCGAGACGCCCAAGGAGACCGUCAUGCUCUCCGACGCCGGCGUCUUCCUGCGCGUCCUGCCCCCGAGCGAGGAGCCGGGCAACGGCGAGCUGCACAAGGACCAGCCGGACAUGAUGAUGCACUGCUACCAAGUCGUCUUUGGCGAACACCUCAAGUCCAAGGGGUAUAAGCUGCCCGAGCACGCGUUCUGCAUGACUCCCAACAUCCCGCGCAGCCAAGCUCGCGGCACGAUCAAGCUCGCCAGCGCCAACCCGGCUGAUAAGCCGCUGAUCGACUUCAAGUACUUUGAGGACGAGCGGCGCUACGACGAGCGUAUCCUCGUCGAGGGACUCAAGGCUGCGCGAAAGAUCGCGCAGCAUGCGCCGUUCCGCCAGCACCUCGUACGCGAAGUCGCGCCCGGCCCCGCCGUGCAGACCGACGAGGAGCUCAGCGCGUACGCCCGUUCCGUACACCACACCGUCUACCACCCGAGCUCGUCGUGCAAGAUGGGCACCCCGGGACAGAUCCGCCGCGAGGGCACCGUCAGCGCGCUCCAGGGCAAGGUCGACGACGAGGUUGUCUGCGAUGAGAAGAACCUCAAGGUCGUCGGCCUGCAGGGCCUGAGGAUCUGCGACGCGAGCGUGAUGCCCGUCUUGCCGACCAUCAACCCGAUGCUCACCAUCCUCAUGGUUGCCGAGCGCGCGGCGGAUCUCAUCAAGUGGGACGUCUGAUCCGAACUCUGCAUCGCUGCGCCGCAUUAAAAAGAAGAGAGAUAUGUUGACCUUUGGAACUCAACGCAAACAAUGUUUCCUAUAUAGCUUUAUUGUCCUAUCGAUGGGUUUCAUUGAUCUAGACCUUGUCUGUGCCUCUACUUGGACAGCUCCGACGCGAGCUUAUAGCUCAAGGCC